AUGGAUUCGGACGAGGACGUUGUAAUGGGAAAGGCACCGCAAUUGUUGCCAGAGGGUGAGGAACGCAUGUUCCAUUGGCAAUCAGAUGAUAGCGGUGAUGAGGAUGAUGAUGUACGACCGACCCUCGAUGAGCACUAUUUCGGGAAAGCCGUCAGUGAGCUCGUAAAAGACAUUCAAGAAACAACAUUCGAGGACCCGACGCAACCGCGAUUUCAACCACUGUUUAAGGAAGUACAUGAGUGGACACGCCAACAUGCUUAUAUAUCACUUACAACCGAGCUGUCUAAGGAUCCUGUGGAGACAAGUUGA